AUGGGGAGCCCCAGACUGGCAGCCCUGCUCCUGCCUCUCCUCCAGCUGCUCACUGGCCUGUCUGCCUCCGCUGGGAUUGGCUGCCCCCUCCUUCCCCGCUGGAGAACCCGCGGUCUGCUGGCCUCCCGCAUGGAUGGCAGUUUCACUGGAAGGUCUGCCCAGACUCCUCACCACACCCAGCCGGCCCCUCCCCUCCCCCCCAAGCCUCGACGCGCCUGGUGGUGCCACUGUCCCCACUGCUGGUGCCUGCAUCUGGUGUCAGGCCCCUCGGGUCUUCAGUGGGGUUGGCUCCACCUCCUAGUGCAGAAAUCCAAAAAGUCUUACAAGUUCUGGUUCUGUAGGAGACACAGGAUGCCAGCGUCUGCUCAGGGGAGGUUGCUGAGCAGCUGCUGCCUGUCUGAGAAGGGCCUUCACAACUCCAGCCCCGCCCCAGACACCUCCCACAAGGGACUGCGCUCCAAAAGAACCCAGCCUGUGGAUCCAGGGGCAGGGGAAGGUCUCUCCAGAUCUAACUCACAGAAGCUUGGAGGACCUGAGUUCUCCUUUGACUUGCUGCCUGAGACAAGGGCUAUUCAAGUGACCAUUCCUCCAGGCCCAGAGGUCAGUGUGCGUCUUUGCCACCAGUGGGCACUGGAGUGUGAGGACCUGAGCCAUCCCUUCGAUGCCCAGAAAAUUGUGCCUGGGGGCCGCACUGUGGACUUGCCUUAUGAAUUCCUUCUGCCCUGUCUGUGCGUCGAGGCAUCCUACCUGCAAGAGGACACUGUGAGGCGCAAACAAUGUCCCUUCCAGGGCCAGCCUGAAGCCUAUGACUCAGACUUCUGGGAGUCAAUGAACUUCACUGACCACAGCCAGCAUAAUCAGAUGGUCAUGGCCGUGACACUCCGCUGCCCACUGAAGCUGGAGGCCUCCCUGUGCCAGAGGCGGGGCUGGCCCACCCUCUGCGAAGACCUCCCCAAUGCCACGGCUCGAGAGUCAGAGGGGUGGUAUGUCGUGGAGAAAGUGGACUUGCAUCCCCAGCUCUGCUUCAAGUUCUCUUUUGGAAACAGCAACCACAUUGAAUGCCCCCACCGGACAUUCGCAGCCCCGUCCUGGAAUGUGAGCAUGGAUACACAGGCCCAGCAGGUGGUCCUCCACUUCUCUUCAAGGACGCAUGUCACCUUCAGUGCUGCCUGGAGCCACCCAGGCUUGGGGCAGGACAGCGUGGUGCCCCCUGUGUACAGCGUCAGCCAGACUCAGGGCUCAACCCCAGUGACCCUAGACCUCAUCCUUCCCUUCCUGAGGCCAGGAGGCUGUGUCCUGGUGUGGAGGUCAGAUGUCCAGUUUGCCUGGAAGCGACUCUUGUGUCCAGAUGCCUCUCACAGACGCCUGGGGCUCCUGAUCCUGGCGCUGCUGGCCUUCACCACCCUACUGGGAGUUGUUUUGGUUCUCACGUGCCGGCGCCCACUGUCAGGCCCGGGCCGAGCGCGGCCGGUGCUGCUGCUGCACGUGGCGGAGUCUGAAGCGCAGCGGCGCCUGGUGGGAGCACUUGCUGAACUGCUGCGGGCCGCGCUGGGCGGCGGGCGCGACGUGAUCGUGGACCUUUGGGAGGGCACACAGGUGGCGCGCGUGGGCCCCCUGCCGUGGCUCUGGGCGGCGCGGGCGCGUGUGGCGCGGGAGCGGGGCGCCGUGGUUCUUCUGUGGAGCAGCGCCGGCCCCAGCCCCACGGGCGGCCCGGAUCCUCGCGCUGUGCCCCUGCGCGCCCUGCUCCGCGCCACCCCGCGCCCGCUGCUGUUGCUGGUUUACUUUAGUCGUCUCUGCGCCAAGGGCGACAUUCCCCCGCCCCUGCGCACCCUGCCCCGCUACCGCCUGCUGCACGACCUGCCGCGCCUGCUUCGCGCCCUGGACGCUCGGACCUCUACUGAAGCCACCACCCGGGGCCGCUUCGUCGCCCAGCCGCGCCUGCGGGGUCGCGUGGAGCUGUGCCGCAGGCUGGAACUGGAGGCCGCCAAACUUGCUGACCAAGGCUGA